AUGAAUGGAGCCGGUCUGCGUGGCCGGAGUUUUGGGGCUCGAAUGCAGAACGCGUCUGAUACGAAGCACUUUAAACUUCUUUCAAGUUGUCUUUAUGUUUUCUAUAGAAAACAGAAGAGCAAGCAAGAGGCAAAAUGUGACAAUCAGCAUUUUCGCUGUGGAAAUGGGCACUGUAUCCCUUCAGCCUGGAGGUGUGAUGGGACCAAAGACUGCUCGGAUGACUCUGAUGAAGCUGGCUGCUCUCAUUCCUGCCAGGUGGGCUAUUUCCAGUGUCAGAGUGGAGGGGAAUGCAUCCCUACGUCCUGGGUGUGUGACUAUGAGCAAGACUGUGAAGAUGGCUCAGAUGAACAACAGAACUGCUCUGGGAGAACAUGCUCAAGUGAUCAGAUAACAUGCUCCAAUGGCCAGUGUAUCCCGGGCGAAUACAGGUGUGACCAUGUCAGAGACUGCGCGGAUGGAACUGACGAGAGAGACUGCCGCUACCCAGCAUGUGAGCAACUUACUUGUGCCAGUGGAGCCUGCUAUAACACUAGUCAGAAGUGUGAUGGGAAAGCUGAUUGCAGGGACUUUUCUGAUGAAGUCAACUGUAGUGCGGUAUGCAUGCACAACGAGUUUCGGUGUGGCAGUGGAGAAUGUAUUCCUCGCUCUUAUGUCUGUGACCAUGCCAGUGAUUGUGAAGACAACAGUGAUGAACAUUCUUGCAACUAUCAGUCCUGCAAAGGGGAACAGUUCACUUGUCCCAGUGGCCAGUGCAUUCACCAGAACUGGGUUUGUGAUGGAGAGAAUGACUGUAGAGAUAACGGAGACGAAAAAGGAUGUGAAAGCAGUUCUCAUCAUUUUCAUAAUUGUUACCCAAGGGAAUGGGCUUGUCCAGAGUCUGGCCAAUGCAUCUUAAUAUCUAAAGUUUGUGAUGGGAUUUUGGAUUGUCCAGAUGGAGACGAUGAAAACAGUACCACUGCUGGAAAAUAUUGUGGUCUGACCAUGUGUUCUGCUUUGAACUGUGAGUAUGAAUGCCAUAAGACGCCAGGUGGAGGGGCAUGUGUAUGCCCCCCCGGUUAUAUCAUCAACAAGAAUGACAGCCGUACCUGUGUUGCAUUUGAUGACUGUCAGAUAUGGGGAAUUUGUGACCAGAAGUGUGAGAAUCGAGGUGACCAUCACCAGUGCCUCUGUGAGGAAGGCUACAUCCUGGAGCACGGGCGGCAUUGCAAAGCUAAUGAGUCCUCUGGCAAGCCCUCCAUUCUCUUUUCCAAUGGUUGGGAUUUGCUAAUUGGCGAUAUUCAUGGAAGGAACUUCCAGUUCCUAGCAGAGUCUCAAAAUCGUGGAGUGGUUGUGGGUAUAGAUUUUCACUAUCAGCUGCGGAAAGUCUUUUGGACAGACACUGUGCAAAAUAAGGUUUUUUCAGUUGACGUGAAUAACUUAAAAAUCCAAGAAAUUUUCAAUAUUUCUGUUGACGCGCCAGAGAACCUGGCUGUGGACUGGGUUAGUAACAAACUUUAUCUGGUAGAGACCAAGGUCAGCCGCAUAGAUAUGGCAAAUUUGGAUGGAAGCUAUCCGGUGACCCUUAUAACUGAAGACUUGGGGCAUCCCAGAGGAAUUGCCCUGGACCCCACUGUUGGUUAUUUAUUUUUCUCAGAUUGGGCGAGCCUUUCUGGAGAACCUAAGGUGGAAAGGGCUUUCAUGGACGGCAGCAACCGUAAAGUCUUGGUCAAAACAAAGCUGGGAUGGCCUUCUGGGAUAACUCUGGAUCUGGCCUCAAAGCGUGUUUACUGGCUUGACUGCCGAUUUGAUUACAUUGAAACUGUAACUUAUGAUGGAAUUGAAAGGAAGACAGUGGUCAGUGGAGGCUCCCUCAUUCCUCAUCCCUUUGAAAUAAGUUUGUUUGAAGACACAGUGUUUUUUACUGACUGGACAAUGAUGUCAGUGAUGAAGGCAAACAAAUUUGUGGACACCAAUCCACAAGUGUACUACCAUUCUUCCGUAAGGCCCUAUGGAGUUACUGUUUUCCAUUCCCUCAGACAACCUUAUGCUAGAAACCCAUGUGCAGACAACAAUGGGGGCUGUGAGCAGAUCUGUGUCCUCAGCCACAGAACAGAUAACGGGGGUUUGGGUUACCGCUGCAAGUGCACGUUCGGCUUCAACCUGGAUACUGAUGAGCGCCACUGCGUGGCUGUUGAGAAGUUCCUGCUCUUUUCAUCGCAAUUGGCUGUUCGUGGUAUCCCCUUCACCUUCUCUACUCAGGAAGAUGUGAUGGUUCCGGUGACAGGGCAUCUUUCUUUCUUUGUUGGGAUAGAUUUUGAUGCCCAGGAGAACACUAUCUUUUUUUCAGAUACAUCAAAAGACAUGAUUUAUAAACAAAAGAUCAAUGGCACAGGAAGAGAAAUUCUCACAGCAAACAGAGUGGAAAAUGUUGAAAGUUUGACUUUUGACUGGAUUUCUAAGAAUCUGUAUUGGACAGACCCUACUCACAAGAGUAUCAGUGUCAUGAGGCUUGCUGAUAAAUCGAGACGCGCAAUACUCAACAAUUUGAAUAGCCCAAGAGCAAUUGUGGUUCACCCUAUUGCUGGGUAUAUAUUCUUCACUGACUGGUUCCGUCCUGCUAAAAUUAUGAGAGCAUGGAGUGAUGGGUCUCACCUAUUGCCUAUCGUGAACACUACUCUUGGAUGGCCCAAUGGAUUGGCCAUUGAUUGGAGUGCUUUACGAUUGUACUGGGUCGAUGCCUUUUUUAAUAAAAUUGAGCACAGCACCUUCGAUGGUGUAGACAGAAGAAAACUCGAUCAUAUACAGCAGAUGACACAUCCCUUUGGACUCACUGUCUUUGGAGAACAUGUCUAUUUUACGGACUGGCGACUGGGUGCUAUUGUUCAAGUCAGGAAAAGAGAUGGCGGUGAUAUGACAGUUAUCCGAAGAGGCAUCCGUAACGUAAUGCAUGUGAAAUCAUAUGACAGCAGCAUACAGACCGGUAGUAACUACUGCAAUCGACCCGUCCAUCCUAAUGGCGAUUGUAGUCACUUCUGCUUCCCAGUGCCAAAUUUCCAGCGGGUCUGUGGGUGCCCCUAUGGCAUGAGGCUGUCUUCCAACCAGUUGACAUGUGAGGGAGACCCAGCCCGUGAACCACCCACGGAACAGUGUGGCUCCUUUUCUUUCCCCUGCAACAACGGUAGAUGUGUGCCCAGUCACUACCGAUGCGAUGGCUUCGAUGACUGUCAUGAUAACAGCGACGAGCAUCUCUGUGGGACAUCUAAUACUUCCUGUUCAUCUUCGUCCUUCACCUGUGCCCAUGGAGGACAGUGUAUCCCUGCAAGAUGGCGCUGUGACAACCACUUCGAUUGCAUGGAUGAGAGUGACGAACAGAACUGCCCUACCCGUGCACCUGCUUCUUGCGCUGAAUCCUACUUUACCUGUGAUAAUAAUGUGUGCAUCUCAAGAGACUGGGUCUGUGACACGGACAAUGAUUGUGGGGAUGGAUCUGAUGAAAAGAACUGCAAAUCAGGGACCUGCCGACCUAGUCAGUUUCAGUGCUCUGAUCAUCGAUGCAUUGACCCAUUGUAUGUGUGUGAUGGGGACAAGGACUGUGCAGAUGGAUCUGACGAGGCUGGCUGUGUGUAUAAUUGCACUGCUUCUCAAUUUAAGUGUGCCAAUGGGGAAGGCUGCAUUAACAACAUGUAUCGUUGUGAUGGUGUUUUUGACUGCAAUGACAACUCUGACGAGGCAGGCUGUCCAACCAGGCCUCCCGGUAUGUGCCACUUGGAUGAAUUUCAGUGCCAAGGAGAUGGUACCUGCAUCCCGGAUACCUGGGAGUGUGAUGGGCAUCCAGACUGCAUCCAGGGAUCGGAUGAGCACCAUGGCUGUGUCCCCAAGACCUGCCCAUCUUCUCAUUUCUCCUGUGACAACGGACACUGCAUCUACAAAGAGUGGCUCUGUGAUGGGGACAAUGACUGCGGUGACAUGAGCGAUGAGAAGGACUGCCCUACUCAGCCCUUUUACUGUCCCAGUUGGCAGUGGCAGUGCCCUGGCCUUAGCAUCUGUGUGAAUCUGAGUUCAGUGUGUGAUGGCGUCUCUGACUGCCCCAAUGGGACCGAUGAGUCCCCACUUUGCAACCAGGACAGCUGCUCAGAUGCUAAUGGUGGCUGUACACACGAAUGUAUUCAAGGGCCCUUUGGGGCUCAGUGCCUAUGUCCCGAGGGAUACCGACUUGCCAAUGAUUCUAAAACUUGCGAAGACAUAGAUGAAUGUGCUGUUCUAAGCUUUUGUAGCCAGCACUGUUACAAUACCAGAGGUUCUUUCCGGUGCUGGUGUGAUAAAGACUACAGGUUAGAAGGUGACGGAAGGACUUGCAAAGUUACAGCAUCUGAAAGUCUGCUGUUACUUGUGGCAAAUCGGAACCAGAUUGUUGCAGACAAUAUCACUGCCCAGGUCCACAAUAUCUAUCCCUUGGUCCAGAAUGGUUCUCACAUUGUAGCUGUUGAUUUUGAUUCCAUCAGUGGUCGUAUUUUCUGGUCUGAUUCAGGUCAGGGUAAAACCUGGAGCGCUUUUCAAAAUGGAACAGACAGAAGAUUGGUAUUUGACAGUAGUAUCACCAUGACUGAAACUAUCGCAAUAGAUUGGAUAGGACGUAAUCUUUACUGGACAGACUAUGCUACGGAAACAAUUGAAGUCUCCACAAUUGAUGGGAGCCACAGGACCGUGCUAAUUAGUAAAAACCUAACAAAUCCCAGGGGACUAGCAUUAGAUCCAAGAAUGAAUGAGCAUGUACUAUUCUGGACUGACUGGGGCCGUCACCCUCGUAUUGAGCGAGCCAGCAUGGAUGGCAGCUUGCGCACUGUCAUUGUCCAAGAGAAGAUCUACUGGCCCACUGGCUUAACUAUCGACUACCCCAACAGACUAAUUUACUUUAUGGAUUCCUACCUUGAUUUCAUAGACUUUUGUGAUUAUGAUGGACAGCAUCGGCGGCAGGUGAUAGCCAGUGACUUGGUUAUACGGCAUCCCUAUACACUAACCCUCUUCGAAGAUUCUGUAUACUGGACGGAUCGUGCGACUCAUAGGGUUAUGCAAGCCAACAAGUGGCAUGGAGGAAAUCGGUCAGUUGUGAUGUACAAUAUUCACUGGGCUCUGGGGCUUGCAGCCAUUCAUCCCGCGAAACAACCGAACAGUACGAAUCCGUGUGCCUCUGCCUCCUGCAGCCAUCUUUGCCUGCUCUCCUCGCAGGGACCUAAGUUUUAUUCCUGUGCCUGUUCUUCAGGAUGGAGUCUCUCUGAUGAUUCUGUGAAUUGUGUGAGAGAUGAACAACCUUUCCUAAUUACUGUAAGACGCCAUACGGUUUACGGAAUCUCCCUUGAUCCUGAGGUGAAGAGCAGUGAUGCUAUGGUUCCCAUAACAGGAAUACAGAAUGGCUUUGAUGCUGACUUUGAUGACUCAGAGCAAUUCAUCUAUUGGGUUGAGAAUGCAGGUGAAAUUCACAGAGUAAAGACAGAUGGCACCAACAGGACAGUGUUAGCCCCUCUGUCUCUGUUGGGGUCUUCUAUGGGCCUGGCCUUAGACUGGAUAUCAAGAAACCUUUAUACCACCAAUCCUGGAACUCAGUCAAUCAAGGUUUUGACACUCCGGGGAGAUAUCAGAUAUGGAAAGACACUGAUUACCAAUGAUGGGACCCCUCUGGGAGCUGGUUCUCCAAUUGGCAUAGCUGUUGAUCCUGUUCGUGGGAAACUGUACUGGUCAGACCAAGGGACACAGAGUGGGGUUCCUGCCAAAAUUGCAAGUGCAAACAUGGAUGGCACAGAUUUAAAAAUUCUCUUCACUGGGAACUUCGAACAUCUGGAGUUUAUCACUCUUGACAUCAAGGAGCAGAAACUCUACUGGGCAGUCACCAGCCGAGGAGUGAUUGAAAGAGGAAAUGUGGAUGGUACAGAGCGAAUGAUCCUGGUACACCAUCUUUCCCACCCCUGGGGAAUCGCUGUCCAUGAUUCCUUCCUGUAUUACUGUGAUGAACAGUAUGAGGUCAUUGAAAGAGUUGACAAGGCUACUGGGGCCAACAAAGUCGUUUUGAGAGAUAAUGUUCUCAAUCUGAGGACCCUUCGAAUUUAUCACAGACGCAGCAUUGCUGAAUUUUCAAAUGGCUGUAGCAACAACGUGAAUGCCUGUGAGCAGAUUUGCCUGCCUGUACCAGGAGGAUUGUUCUCCUGUGCCUGUGCCACUGGAUUUAAACUCAAUCCUGAUAAUCGGACCUGUUCUUCAUAUAAGUCUUUCAUUGUUGUUUCGAUGAUGUCUGUAGUCAGAGGCUAUAGCUUGGAAAUGUCAGAUCAUUCAGAAGCCAUGGUGCCAGUGGCAGGCCAAGGACGAAAUGCACUGCAUGUGGAUGUUGAUGUAGCCUCUGGCUUUAUUUAUUGGUGUGACUUUAGCAGCUCUGUGGCAUCUCGUAAUGCUAUCCGUAGAAUUAAACCAGAUGGGUCUUCUUUUACAAACAUAAUUACAUAUGGAAUUGGAGUAAACGGAGUCCGCGGUAUUGCAGUGGACUGGCUGGCAGGAAAUCUUUAUUUCACCAAUGCCUUUGCAUCUGAAACUCUGAUAGAAGUUCUGCGGAUCAAUACCACUUACCGCCGUGUUCUCCUUAAAGCCACAGUCGAUAUGCCUCGGCAUAUUGUUGUAGACCCCAGGAACAGAUACCUCUUCUGGGCUGACUAUGGGCAAAAACCAAAGAUUGAACGAUCGUUUCUUGACUGUACCAAUCGAACUGUGCUUGUAUCAGAGGGCAUCGUCACACCACGGGGCUUGGCAGUGGACCAUAGCAAUGACUACAUUUAUUGGGUCGAUGAUUCUUUAGAUAUAAUUGCAAGGAUCCGUUUUGAUGGAGAGGGAUCUCAAGUGAUUCGUUAUGGCAGUCGUUACCCAACUCCUUAUGGCAUCACUGUUUUUGGAAAUUCUAUUAUAUGGGUAGAUAGGAAUUUAAAAAAAAUCUUCAAAGCUAGCAAGGAACCAGGAAACACAGAGCCACCAACAGUGGUAAGAGACAAUCUCAAUUGGCUAAGAGAUGUGACCAUCUUUGACGAGCAGGUCCAGCCUCGAUCACCAACAGAGGUGAACAACAACCCUUGUUUGGAAAAUAAUGGUGGAUGCUCCCAUCUCUGUUUUGCUCUGCCUGAAUUGCACACCCCAAAAUGUGGCUGUGCCUAUGGAACCCUGGAAAGUGAUGGCAAGAGCUGUGCCAUUUCAACAGAAAAUUUCCUUAUCUUUGCCUUGGAUAAUUCCUUGAGAAGUUUACACUUGGACCCUACAGACCAUAGUCUGCCUUUCCAAGCAAUAACUGUGGAAAGAACUGCCAUUGCUGUGGUCUAUGACAACAUAAAUAAUAGAAUCUACUUCACACAAAAUUUAGACUCUGAACAUGGUCAGAUUUCCUAUGUCAGCCUGAAUUCAGAGAUCCAUUCUCCAACUGUCAUUGUUUCAGAUAUAGGGACUGCUGAUGGCAUUGCCUUUGACUGGAUCAAUAGGAGAAUUUAUUACAGUGACUACAACAACCAGACAAUUAAUUCCAUGGCUGAAGAUGGUUCUAUGCGCACUGUGAUAGCCCGCGUCUCAAAGCCAAGAGCAAUUGUGUUAGACCCCUGCCGCGGGUUCCUGUACUGGACAGACUGGGGAACUAAUGCCAAAAUCGAGAGAGCCACACUGGGAGGAAAUUUCCGGAUGCCUAUUGUGAACAGCAGUCUGGUCUGGCCCAGUGGGCUUGUUCUGGACCAUGAGGAUGACCUUCUGUACUGGGCGGAUGCUAGUCUGCAGAAGAUUGAACGCAGCAGUCUAACAGGCACAAAUCGUGAAAUCAUUGUCAGCGCAGUCUUUCAUAUUUUUGGCUUGACUCUCUAUGACCAGUAUAUCUACUGGACAGACUUUUACACCAAGAAAGUUUACCGAGCUAACAAAUAUGAUGGGUCAGGUCAGAUUGCAAUGACCACAAGUAUGCCUGUCCAGCCAAAGGGCAUCUCCACUGUUGUGAAGAACCAGCAACAGCAGUGUAGCAAUCCUUGUGAUCAAUUUAAUGGGGGCUGCAGCCAUAUCUGUGUACCAGGUCCAAAUGGUGUUGAGUGCCAGUGUCCCCAUGAAGGUCAUUGGUAUCUGGCCAACAACAAUAAGUACUGCAUUGUGGACAAUGGUCAACGGUGUAACGCAUCCUUUUUCACUUGCCUCAAUGGGAAAUGCAUCUCGAAGGAGUGGAAAUGUGAUAAUGACGAUGACUGUGGUGAUGGCAGCGAUGAGCUGGAAAAUGUCUGUGCAUUCCACACCUGCCAGCCGACAGCCUUCACCUGUGCCAAUGGGCGAUGUGUCCAGUACCGUUAUCGCUGUGAUUACUAUGACGACUGCGGUGACAACAGUGAUGAGGAAGGGUGCCUGUUUGCUGAGUGCAAUGCCACCACGGAAUUCACUUGCAAUAAUAGAAGGUGCAUACCUCUUGAGUUUGUCUGCAAUGGAGUCAACAACUGCCAUGAUAAUGAAACUUCAGAUGAGAAAAAUUGCCCUGAUCGCACGUGCCAGUCUGGAUACACAAAAUGUCAGAAUACAAACAUUUGCAUUCCUCGUGUCUAUUUAUGUGAUGGAGACAACGACUGUGGAGAUAUGAGUGAUGAAAGCCCUACUUACUGCACCGCUCACACAUGCAGCAGCAGUGAGUUCAAAUGCACCUCUGGGCGUUGUAUUCCUCAACAAUGGCACUGUGAUCAAGAAGCAGAUUGUCCUGAUGGCUCUGAUGAGCCUGCCUCCUGUGUACACCAUGAGCAAACAUGCCUAAGUGAUGAGUUCAAGUGUGAUAGUGGAAGGUGCAUCUCAAGAGAAUGGAUUUGUGAUGGUGAUAAUGAUUGUGGGGACAUGAGUGAUGAGGAUGAAAGGCACCAUUGUGAGAAAAGGAAUUGCUCGAGAUCUGAGUUUUUCUGUAUAAAUAGCAGACCUCCAGCCAGGAGGUGCAUUCCCUUAAGCUGGGUCUGCGAUGGUGAUGCAGACUGUUCUGAUGCCUACGAUGAACAUCAGAAUUGUACCAGGAGAUCUUGUGCUGAAAAUGAAUUCACUUGUGCAAACGGGCUCUGUAUCCUCAACUCAUUCAGGUGUGACUGGCGCAAUGACUGCGGUGACUUCAGCGAUGAGAGGAACUGCUCAUACCCCACCUGCCAUGAGCAUCAGUUUACCUGUCAGAAUGGGCGCUGCAUUAAUGAGGCCUACGUCUGUGAUGGACAAAAUGACUGUGGAGAUGACUCUGAUGAGCUGAGUCACCUGUGCCACACCCCAGAAGCCACAUGCCCACCUCACCAGUUCAAGUGUGACAAUGGGCACUGUAUCGAGAUGGUAAAAGUCUGCAACCACCUGGAUGAUUGCUCUGACAACAGUGACGAGAAAGGCUGUGGCAUCAACGAGUGCCAAGACCCUUCAAUCAGUGGUUGUGAUCACAACUGCACAGAUACCCCAACCAGUUUCUACUGUUCCUGUCUUCCUGGUUACAAGCUUAUGUCUGACAAGCGGACUUGUGUUGAUAUUGAUGAAUGCAAGGAAACACCCUUUGUCUGUAGCCAAAAGUGUGAGAAUGUAGUAGGUUCCUACAUCUGUAAGUGUGCUGCAGGCUACAUUCGAGAACCAGAUGGAAAGACCUGCCGGCAGAACAGUAACAUCGAGCCCUAUCUCAUUUUCAGCAACCGUUACUAUCUGAGAAAUCUAACUGUGGAUGGCCAAUUUUACUCCCUCAUUUUGCAAGGCCUAGGCAAUGUUGUGUCAUUAGAUUUUGACCGGGUAGAAAAGAGAUUAUACUGGAUUGACAUACAGAGGCAUGUCAUUGAGAGAAUGUUUCUGAAUAAGACAAACAGGGAGAUUAUCAUAAAUCACAGAUUACCAGCUGCAGAAGGUCUGGCUGUAGACUGGGUUGCCAGAAAACUUUAUUGGGUGGAUAUCAACCUGAAUUCCAUGUUUGUCUCCAACCUUGAUGGUGGAUACCGCCGCACUCUGGCCCAGCACUGUGUGGAUGCCAACAACACAUUCUGCUUUGAUAAUCCCAGAGGAAUUGCCCUUCACCCUCAAUAUGGGUAUGUCUACUGGACAGACUGGGGUCACCGUGCAUACAUUGCAAGAGUAGGCAUGGAUGGAACCAAUAAAUCUGUGAUUAUCUCUUCCAAGUUAGAGUGGCCCAAUGGCAUCACCAUUGAUUACACCAAUGAUCUACUCUACUGGGCAGAUGCACAUCUUGGUUACAUUGAGUACUCUGAUUUGGAGGGCCGCCAUCGACACACAGUGUAUGAUGGGACGCUGUCUCACCCCUUUGCGAUGACCAUUUUUGAAGACAGUGUUUAUUGGACAGAUUGGAAUACAAGGACAGUUGAAAAAGGAAACAAAUAUGAUGGAUCAGAUAGGACGACUCUGGUGAACACAACACACAGACCUUUUGACAUCCAUGUGUAUCAUCCAUACAGGCAGCCGAUUGUGAGCAAUCCCUGUGGUACCAACAAUGGUGGCUGUUCUCAUUUCUGCCUCAUUAAAGCAGGAGGGAAAGGAUUUACCUGUGAGUGUCCAGAUGACUUCCAGACCAUUCAACAGAAUGGCAACACCUACUGCCAGCCUAUGUGCUCCAGCACUCAGUUCCUGUGUGCUAACAAUGAAAAGUGUAUUCCUAUCUGGUGGAAAUGUGAUGGACAGAGAGACUGCUCGGAUGGCUCUGAUGAAGUGGCCCUGUGCCCACAGCGCUUCUGCCGGCUAGGAGAGUUCCAGUGCAAGGACGGCAACUGCACCAAGCCACAGUCCAUAUGCAAUGCUCAGAAAGAUUGUCCGGAUGGGUCUGAUGAAGAUCAUGUUCUUUGUGAGAAUCACCGCUGUGAACCCAAUGAAUGGCAGUGUGCCAACAAACGUUGCAUCUCAGAUGCCUGGCAGUGUGACACUGUAGACGACUGUGGAGAUAACUCAGACGAAGACAGUUCCCACUGUGCUAGCAGGACUUGCCAGCCUGGCCAAUUUAAGUGUGCCAAUGGCCGCUGCAUCCCUCAGACCUGGAAGUGUGAUGUCGAUGAUGAUUGUGGAGACCAGUCAGAUGAGCCACUCCAAGAAUGCAUGAGCCCUGCGUAUCGUUGUGACAACCACACGGAAUUCAGCUGUAAAACCAACUACCGCUGCGUCCCAUGGUGGGCUGUGUGCAAUGGUUUUGAUGACUGCAGGGACAACAGUGAUGAGCAAGGCUGUGAGGCAAUGACAUGCAAAUCUUCGGGGGAGUUCCGCUGUAAAAAUCACCACUGCAUUCCUCUUCGCUGGAGGUGUGAUAGGCAGGAUGACUGUGGAGAUAACUCAGAUGAGGAAGACUGUGUUCCCCGGGAGUGCACAGAGAGCGAGUUUCGAUGUGCCAAUCAGCAGUGCAUUCCCUCUCGAUGGAUCUGUGACCAUGACAAUGACUGUGGGGACAACUCAGAUGAGCGGGACUGUGAGAUGAGGACCUGCCAUCCUGAUUAUUUUCAAUGUACAAGUGGACACUGUGUGCCCAACCGAUUUAAAUGUGAUGGAAUAGCUGACUGUCUUGAUGCCUCUGAUGAAGCCUCUUGUCCCACUCGGUUUCCCAAUGGUGCAUACUGCCCCACUACUAUGUUUGAAUGUAAAAACCACGUUUGUGUCCAGAAGUUUUGGCAGUGUGAUGGUGAUGAUGACUGUGGCGAUGGUUCUGAUGAAGAACUUCACCUAUGCUUGACUGUUCCCUGUGAAUCACCACAACGUUUCCGGUGUGACAAUAAUCGCUGUAUUUAUAGUCACAAGCUGUGUGAUGGUGUGGAUAACUGUGGAGAUGGAAGCGACGAGAAGAAGGAGCACUGUAGAACACCAACCUCUCGGCCAUGUACAGAAGGUGAAUUUAAGUGUAGCAAUGGAAACUGCAUUUCAGAGCAGAAUGUAUGUGAUGAUGUCGAUGACUGUGGUGAUGGUUUUGAUGAAACGGGCUGCAAUAUUGGAAAAGAACGAACAUGUGCUGAAAAUAUAUGUGAACACAAUUGUACCCAAUUAAGUGAAGGGGGAUUUAUCUGCUCCUGUAGAUCUGGGUUCAAAGCUGGUAUUUUGGACAGAAACUCCUGUUAUGAUAUUAAUGAAUGUGAGCAGUUUGGGGUUUGUCCCCAGAAGUGCCAUAACACCAAAGGAAGUUACGAGUGUUCCUGUGCUGAUGGCUUCAAGUCUAUGAGUGACCACUAUGGGAAGCGGUGUGCAGCUGAAGGUAGCCCUCCUUUGUUGCUACUCCCUGACAAUGUUCGAAUUCGAAAAUACAAUCUGUCCUCUGAGAAGUUCUCAGACUACCUUCAAGAUGAGGAACAUAUCCAAGCUAUUGAUUAUGACUGGGAUCCGCAGGGCAUAGACCUCAGUAUUGUGUAUUACACCGUGCUAGGGCAGGACUCCAGGUUUGGUGCUAUCAAACGUGCCUACAUCCCCAACUUUGAAUCCGGCAGCAAUAAUCUUGUGCAAGAAGUUGACCUGGGCCUGAAAUAUGUAAUGCAGCCAGAUGGAUUAGCAGUGGACUGGGUUGGAAGGCAUAUUUACUGGUCAGAUGUCAAGAAUCAACGGAUUGAGGUGGCUAAACUUGAUGGAAGAUAUAGGAAGUGGUUGAUUACCACCCAGUUGGAUCAGCCUUCUGCGAUUGUUGUGAACCCCAAACUAGGGCUCAUGUACUGGACUGACUGGGGAAAAGAACCUAAAAUCGAAUCUGCCUGGAUGAAUGGGGAGUAUCGCAAGAUCCUGGUUUCUGAGAACCUUGGUUGGCCAACUGGCCUUUCUAUUGAUUAUUUGAACAAUGACCGAAUAUACUGGAGUGACUUCAAGGAGGAUGUUAUUGAAACCAUAAAAUAUGAUGGAACUGAUAGGAGAAUCGUUUUAAAUGAAGCUAUGAGCCCUUACAGUCUCGACAUCUUUGAAAACCAGCUAUACUGGAUAUCUAAGGAAAAGGGAGAAGUAUGGAAACAAGAUAAAUUUGGGCAGAAAGAGAAAGAGAAAGUGCUGGUAGUGAACCCUUGGCUCACCCAAGUCCGAAUCUUUCACCAACUCAGAUACAAUCAGUCAGUGCCUAACCCUUGUAAACAGGUCUGCAGCCACCUCUGCCUCCUGAGACCUGGAGGAUACAGCUGUGCCUGUCCCCAAGGCUCCACCUUUAUACAGGGGAGUGCCACUGAGUGCGAUGCAGCCAUCGAAGCUCCUAUCACCAUGCCCCUCCCAUGCAGGUGUAUGCACGGAGGAAAAUGCUAUUUUGAUGAGAAUAACCUCCCCAAAUGCAAGUGUUCUAGUGGCUACACUGGGCCGUAUUGUGAAAUCGCAUUUUCAAAAGGCAUGCCUCCAGGAACAACAGCUGUGGCCGUGCUGUUGACAAUCCUUUUGAUCAUCAUCAUCGGGGCUUUGGCAAUUGUAGGAGUUUUCCACUAUAGGAAAACUGGCUCCCUUUUGCCUGCUCUGCCCAAACUGCCAAGCUUAAGCAGUCUUGUCAAACCCUCUGAAAAUGGAAAUGGAGUGACUUUCAGAUCAGGGGCAGACGUAAACAUGGAUAUCGGAGUGUCUGGUUUUGGGCCCGAAUCUGUUAUUGACAGAUCAAUGGCAAUGAAUGAGGACUUUGCGAUGGAGAUGGGGAAGCAGCCUGUGAUAUUUGAAAACCCCAUGUAUUCAGCCAGAGACAACGCUGUCAAAGUGGUUCUGCCAGCUCAGAUAAAGACCACCCAGAUGUCACAGGUGACAGUAUCUGGAAAUGUGGAUAACAAGAAUUAUGGAAGUCCCAUGAGCCCUUCUGAGAUAGCUCCAGAAACAACGCCGCACCCCCCAGCUGCUGAUGGAACCCAGGCAGCAAAAUGGAAUAUCUUCAAACGGAAACCAAAAAAGACCACCAACUUUGAGAAUCCAAUCUAUGCUGAGAUGGAGAAUGAGCAAAAGGAAGGUGUUGCUGUGGCCCCACCUCCAUCACCCUCUCUCCCCGCCAAAAUCCCUCCCCAAAGAGAUCCAACUCCAGCCUAUACUGCAACAGAAGACACUUUUAAAGACACUGCACAUCUCGUUAAAGAAGACUCUGAGCUACCGAGUCAACGUUUUUCUCUGUAAUAUUUGUUAGGAAAUCCCAUGUCACAAGUCAAGUGUCCUGCUGCUCUGCAUUUGUAUUUAACCAAAUGAACUGUUUCUCUCAAUGAACCGUUGCGCAAUUAAUGCCCUUGCCUGGCAUCUCAGGGGGGCACCUCCUCUCAUAACUGGAGCUCAUCAGCUGAAGUACUGAAACCAAAUCUGCGUCUUCAAAAGUAAGAUGCAAACAAACACUGGUUAAGCACAAUCUCAACUGGGAUUCUGUUUCUCCGGGUGAGAAGUAUCAUUAUAAUGACUAUUUAUUUCCUAAAUUGAACAUGAAUAGAAAGGGAAAACAUUCUGACUGAGGAUUUUUAAGGUCCUUUGGCUAAAUCCAUACGUUUGUAUCAGAAUGUACUGUAUAGCUUGGUUCUCUUCUUGCGUAGUCGGUGUAGUCUUCACAACAGGAACCAUGGCAGAAAUACCAACUUCCAUAGCCGGUAGCAUUCCUGACUCUGUGCUGAUAUUGCACAUUUGUUAAACAAUGAAUGAAUGGAUGGGUGGAUGGAUGAAUGAAACACGUACUACUGAUUAUUUUAUUCCUGCGUUCUCAAAAUACUUGUUGCUCAUAUUUUGAGUGCUGAUUGUAAUUACGUUGAAAUGGAUUUUGAUUAGAAAAGUAACUGGAAAUGAUGCUGCUGAAAAAUUUCUAAUAAAUAUGUAUUUUACCAGA